GUAGGGUAGAGACGAAGGGUGGCACAACCACACACCCCUAUACGCCUGAAGAAGAGGCCAAGGCCGCCGCCAUCCUGGAAGAGAGAAGGGAGGAGUCAAAGAAGAAGGCCCUCUAGGAGGAGAAGGCGGCAAAGUUGAAAAAGAUAGAGGAGGAGAUGGCCAGAGAGAAGGAGAGGUUAAAGGAAGAAGAAGAAGCGAAGUUGAAGGAGGUGGAAGAAGAAGAGGAGGAAGAUGAUCAGCCACUGGAAAGGAGAAGAGAACAACGAGGGCAGUACAGUGGCAGCAAGAGUGAGGAAAUGGAGAAGAGGAUCUCAGAAUGGGUCGCCAACUUAUCCUUGGGGGAAGAAGAAGAGGUAGCCAUGUACAUCCCCAAGGAUGAGCAGGAAGCCGCUAUGAAGGAGUGGGAAGCAGAAGGAGAUGUUUUGAAGCGGCAGGCAAUGGAGGAUGAGAAGAGGAUGGAAUGGAAGUUAAGAAUGAUGAGGGAGCAGAAGAAGAGGGUGGACGCAGUGAGUGAAGCGGUCAAAGAUCUGGAGGAGGUGCAAAGACUGACUCUACGAUUGACCCCCCAGGUAGACCUCCAACAAAAGGUAGAGAUCAUUGCCCAGAGUGUGGAGCGUUUGGCCCGAGUGCAGGAACAACAAUAUGAGUUUAGUUGAAGUCAGGAUACUAUGUUACCGUGCGUUCAUUGAGCGCGCGUUUCGCGUUCAGUUUAUGAACGUGAUGAACACGCGUUCACUGAACGCCCCUGAACGCGU